UGGGACAGCUCAGUACGAGCCGGGGAGGAUCUGACCCGGAGCCUGGUGGGAGCGCGGGGCAGGCGCUGAGAAGGCGGGCGCGGGGCGCCGACCGGCCGCAGGAUGUUCAGCUGGAUGGGGCGGCAGGCGGGCGGGCGCGAGCGCGCGGGAGGAGCGGACGCGGUGCAGACGGUGACUGGCGGCCUGCGCUCGCUCUACCUGCGCAAGGUGCUGCCGCUGGAGGAGGCGUACCGCUUCCACGAGUUCCACUCGCCAGCGCUGGAGGACGCCGACUUCGAUAACAAGCCCAUGAUCCUGCUGGUGGGCCAGUACAGCACGGGCAAGACCACCUUCAUCAGAUACUUACUGGAGCAAGAUUUCCCAGGCAUGAGGAUUGGUCCAGAGCCCACUACGGAUUCCUUCAUCGCUGUGAUGUAUGGGGAGACUGAGGGCAGCACCCCAGGGAACGCUUUAGUUGUGGACCCCAAAAAGCCAUUUCGAAAGCUCAGUCGCUUCGGAAAUGCAUUCCUGAAUCGAUUCAUGUGCUCCCAGCUGCCCAAUCAGGUCCUGAAGAGCAUCAGCAUCAUCGACAGCCCUGGCAUCCUGUCUGGGGAGAAGCAGCGCAUCAGCCGAGGCUACGACUUCUGCCAGGUCCUGCAGUGGUUCGCAGAGCGUGUGGACAGGAUCAUCCUGCUCUUCGAUGCUCACAAACUGGACAUCUCAGAUGAGUUCUCGGAGGCCAUCAAGGCCUUCCGGGGCCAGGAUGACAAGAUCCGCGUGGUGCUGAACAAGGCCGACCAAGUGGACACGCAGCAGCUGAUGCGCGUCUACGGGGCCCUCAUGUGGUCCCUGGGCAAGGUCAUCAACACACCCGAGGUUCUCCGUGUCUAUAUCGGUUCCUUCUGGGCACAGCCCCUGCAGAACACUGACAACCGCCGCCUCUUUGAGGCCGAGGCCCAAGACCUCUUCAGAGACAUCCAGAGCCUUCCCCAGAAGGCGGCCGUGCGCAAACUCAACGACCUCAUCAAGCGAGCGAGGCUGGCCAAGGUCCAUGCCUACAUUAUCAGCCACCUGAAGAAGGAGAUGCCGAGCGUAUUCGGAAAGGAAAACAAGAAGAGAGAGCUUAUCAGCAGAUUGCCAGAAAUCUAUCUACAGCUGCAGCGAGAAUACCAGAUUUCUGCCGGGGACUUCCCAGAAGUCAAGGCAAUGCAGGAACAGCUGGAGAACUAUGACUUCACCAGGUUCCACUCGCUGAAGCCCAAGUUGAUCGAGGCAGUGGACAACAUGUUGAGCAGCAAGAUCUCGUCCCUGAUGAACCUCAUCAGCCAGGAGGAGAGCAGCAUGCCCACACAGCUUGUGCAAGGCGGGGCCUUCGACGGCACCACCGAGGGCCCCUUCAACCAGGGCUACGGGGAGGGCGCCAAGGAGGGCGCAGAUGAGGAGGAGUGGGUUGUGGCCAAAGACAAGCCCGUCUACGAUGAGCUCUUCUACACCCUGUCACCCGUCAAUGGCAAGAUAUCGGGAGUCAACGCCAAGAAGGAAAUGGUGACAUCCAAGCUGCCCAACAGUGUCCUGGGCAAGAUCUGGAAGCUGGCCGACUGUGACUGUGACGGCAUGCUGGAUGAAGAGGAGUUCGCUCUGGCCAAGCACCUCAUCAAGAUCAAGCUUGAUGGCUACGAGCUGCCCAACAGCCUGCCCCCCCACCUCGUGCCCCCCUCCCACAGGAAGUCCAUGCCGAAGGCCGACUGAGGGCCGGGCCACUCUCAGGGCAGGCCAUGGGCAGUAGGGAAUGAGGGCGGGAGGGCCUGGGCCCGAGGCCCGUGCUGCCACUGACUCACUGACCCUGGCCACAGCACCGCCCUCUCUGUGCCUCAGUUCCCCCACCUGUGGAAUGGGAAGGGCAGACACAGGACACUAGAUGAGGUUCUUUCACCUCGAAAAUUCCUGAGUUUCUAUUCAAAUGUUGGGAGGAGGGGGUGGAUAAGGAGAUGGAAGGGUUGAGAAAAAGGAGAGAUUGACCAAAGAGUCCUUGGAAGGCUGGAGAGAUGUAGACAGGAGGCAGGCUGGAUAAAAUCCCACAACCCCAGGGAGUGAGCUGAGGGCCUUUCCAGAGCCAGCAAGCCUGUGCUGGGCCACACAGCACAGCGCAUCUGCCUUGGCUCCUGUCUGUCCCUUAGAGCGUACUGGGAGGGAACAAAGUUGAUCUUAUUUAUUUCAUUUCCUGCUGUAUUGAGAGUGGAAAACAACAGCACAGAAGGUUUCUCUUCUCUCCAGGCCGUCUACCAAAGAGAAGACUGCUUCCCCCCGAGUCUGUGCCUGUGUUUGCCCCCAUCUACCCCUGCAGGCUCAAGCAGGACAGGCAGCCGGGCCAGCGGAGAGCAUCUCUGAUAACCAGCACCCUCCUGACUAAUCCAACCAGAGCUACCCCCACCCCAGACCCUGCCCCACAGAGUUACAUUUGGUUAGGAAUUUGGAACUCAGAAACUUUAUUAGCCCCUGGCAAGAUUUCUGGUAUUCAAGUCAUGUCAAAGUCUGAAGGUUGGCUUUUCUUACAGGUCUGUCCAAUAAUUUGUAGCAAAGUCUAUUGAUCAUAAUCAAACCACAGUAAAAGAAAGAGAUGGUUCUCUGCAGCCAUCAGUUAGUGUGGUGACACCUCCCCAAGGCUCCUUGGUCAAUGGAGGGAGUUAAACCCGCGUCUUGGUGCCUGCUGUGUGCUGGGCCUAGGGACAUAAGGGGAAUACAAGGCGAGCCCACCCCAGGCUGCCAGGUAGAAAAGGUCAUUCUCUAGCUUUAGACACUAUUUUUUAGUUAAAAAAAAGUUGGCAUUUUUAUUAUGUCCAGUUUUUCUUUCUUACAGGAAAAGCCUUUAUACAGAAACAGGACAGAAUCUUUCAUAUGAAAACUUUUCUUCAAAAGGCUGUGAGUUCAUAUGGUGCCUGCCCAUCACAAGGCAGGAUUUGGUUCCUGAGUGCUCUCUCUCUCAGUCUCGGUAUAAAGCUGUCUGGUCCACUCGCCCAGAUGCCUGUCAGAGGGAGGUAGAGACAGGUAACUCUCACUGCCACCACUCCCUCUGUGGGCUGCAGCUCCGGAAUCACUUCAUUAUUAUUCAUGCAGUACAAAAGAGAGGCACAAAACUGGGAUAGCCACAUGGCCCCAAAGGAAAGGAAAUCAUCACAGUCCCGCCCAAGCCUUCCAAAAACCACAUAUUUUUUUUCUUUUUCUGAUAUCCCCUGUAACAUUGGGGGCAGAAAUGCAGACUUAAAAUUUUUAUUUUGGGGAAGCUUUAAUCCAGAGGCCAGUCCCCACACUCCCUAGUUCACUUUCUAAAUAAUGUCACUUGAAGAGAAAUAAAUUCAUAAUGUGAUUUUUAAUCUUAAUGAGCACUUUUAAAUUAAAUUAAUUUUAAAUUAAUCAGAAACAUAACCAAGAAAGGUGUAUGUCAGCACUAUGAUGCAAGCAGAUGGUUUGGUGAAAGCAUGAGGACUGCCCAAGUGUGUGCCCACAAGGGAGUCCACCAAAGGGCAAAGCAGAGGGGAGAGAGAAUUCAUUGAUCCAAAGGUUUAGAGAUGCCAGGGUUCACUGAUUUUCCAUUGAGAAUUAUCCUGCUCCUUUAAUUCUUCUCAGUCAUCCUUCAUAAAGAUAUACGUAUGUAUACAUACACUGUGUGAGUAUGUUUUCUUGGUACUUGCCAUUGGGUAUAUAGGCAGAUGAGGCAAGUUUUGUCUAUGCAGAGACAUAUAGGAAAGCUUGCAGCAGACUGAGGUUUCUGCUUUCUUUGCGGAAGGAAACUUCUGGUGGCACUGUGAUUGCCACCCCCAUGCUGUCAGGUGACAUCUGGCAGUUGCCUCCUUUCCCUGCUGAGGAAGAAAAAAAAAAGGAAAUCCCUUGCCCAUUUUUCUUAACAUCUUCUCUUAAAACAUGAAGUCAUUCAUCAUGAAAAGUUAAUUAAGAACUUUGAAAAGAAAAGCCCUGGAAAACCUCAGGAAUGGCGGCCAAGGAUGGGGACCAUGUUCCCAGGACCUGCACCAAGUUCCUUGAGUCUGUGUCCAAAAUGCCCCUUAUCCUGCCUCCCCAUGCAGCAGGGCUGGGGGACAGCAGAGCCCUCUAGAAUUCUGUUCACACUGCCUGACCGCACUGCCCUCCCCACACCACCCCAAUUUUAAAAAGUAGCCUCUCCACAGAGUUUGCAAGCUGGGCAGGAGGGCGGAGGUAGGUAAACCCUAGCACUGUGAGACGCCGUGCUCUCCACAAUUCCACAGAAGAAGAUCGAAGAAUCUUGACUCUACAGCCCCGGGUCCCACGUAACAAACCUCUGCAGCCCCGAGUGUAAGAGGAAAGCAGUUUCAGCCUCCUCCUCCCAAAGUCAGCUUGCAAGCUGGAAGCCUGCUGAUGAGGCCCUCCUGAACCAAUGUGCAAAGAAACAGUGCACCAAUACCUCUCAAAACCCUCUGGUUUCAUGGCAACAUGCAGACAUCCAGCCUGCAACAGCCUCACGCUCCAGCCCAGCAUCCUAUGUGGAUUCCUUCCUCACCCGCACCCGGGGAUGGCCCGGGGGUCCCCCUGCGAUGGGGAGGGGCAUGCAUUCAGCUGGCUUCCGCCUUUCUGGGGCUGGACUAGGUUCUCCUCGGAGCACUCGUCAUGACGCAGCUAUAGUGUCUUCCCAUCUGGAGCUGUGGUUCCUCCUGCAAGAUGGUGGUGGGCCUUUGAGGAAUUAAAUUCUGGAUCACGGGACUGCAUGUCCAGGCGGGUCAAAGAGUAUGUGUGGAGAAGCCAAUGCCUCCUACCCUCUUCUUAACACCCCCCCCCAUUACCAGCCCACAGGGGAAACCUCCGCAGAGCCCUGACCCCCAGUCGUCUGACCACAGCCCUUUGCCAUGCUCCGUGGGGUCUCCUGAGGAGCCGCCCGCCCACCGGGCAUGUCUUACUGCAGCCCACUGCCCAGCCGGGGGGCUAAGAAACUAGUCAUGGCCCGACAGCCCCCACAGGGGCCUCCCCACUUUGCACCGUUACACUCCUUCAUGAUGCUCAGAGUAGUACCCCAGGCAAACUGCCUUGAAGAGAAGGAAAGUGGUUAACAGAGGUGCUCUUUAUUUCCUCUGAGGAAUGUAGCAGAGAAAUAACAUUCUUAGGACAGAUAACCACUGAGUUUAUUCAGGUAAACACGGGCCUAAUUUAAGAGUGUGUUAAGUUACAUGUCUAUUAGCCAAUGCAGUUAAUACACAAUGCUUCUAUUUUUUUGUAAUCGUGUUUAGAAAUGUCAAACCGAAAAAGAAGACACAAUCUGUUGAUCAAUAAACUGAAAAAUUUA